ACGAACAAAGGAACUGUAGUCGCCAUGCUGCAGUGGCAUCUCUAUCUAUCGCCGCAGUUUGCAUCUCAAAGUAUAGCUCUCUCAUUUGACGCAGUUUGUUUGACUCAUACAGUGAACACCAUGUUCAUUCUGACGCGAUUUUUCUUCAUGUGCGUGGGCUUUGGACAAGCCUCGCGGCUCACUGUGAGCCAGGAGAAGUUGGGUAUGGACCUCAUGCGGACAGGCAACGGACUUGCCUGGGAUGAUGACCAGUCACGUUUGGCUCGGAUUGAGGAGAUUAAGAAGCAACUCUUUGAUUUGGUGGGCUUGGAUAAGGUCAAGGAGUCGAUGAGGACCUUGUUGGACUUGGUGGAGUUCAGCAAGAUGCGUGAAAAGUCUGGGAUGCAUGGCUUUGCGGCGCAAAGCUUGCACAUGCGCUUCUUGGGCAAUCCUGGCACUGGAAAGACCGUGGUGGCACGCUUGGUGGGUGAGCUCUUGUUGGCAAUGGGAGCGAUCACACCGGUUGAGGGUGGCAACACCAGCAGUGGCUUUGUUUUCAAGGAAGCCUCUCGCGCCGACCUAGUGGGCGAGCACACUGGGGCCACAGCAAUUAAGGUCCAGGGGGUUGUGAAAGAAGCCUUGGGUGGAGUUUUGUUCAUCGACGAAGCCUAUGCCUUGGUCCAAGGAGCCAGGGACAACUUUGGGGUGGAGGCUGUUGACACUUUGAUCAAGGAGAUGGAGGACAACCGCGCGCAUUUGAUCGUCAUCUUGGCAGGCUACACCAAGGAAAUGGAUGACUUCUUCAACUCCAAUCCUGGGUUUCAGUCGCGAGUGCCGUUCUCCUUUGAGUUCGCAGACUACUCUUGCCCCGAACUGACACAGAUUGGCCAGUUGCAACUGAAGUCCAAGAGCAUCGCAUUGAAGGGCGACGGCAACUGCAACGAGGGCAGUUCUUGUUGGUGGCUGCGGCGAACCGCUCAAUUGAGCACAAGAUGCUGUGACGAAGAGGACAAGAGCAAGUGCGACAUGUCGAAGAACGAUCGGUCGAAUGGCAAUGGCCGUACCGUCCGGAACAUCUUGGAGUCCAGCUUUCGUCACAUGGCCUUGCGAGUCUUGAAAGGACUCUCUCCCGAGAAGCUCAAGGAAUUCUUCCAGGCCCUGCCGAACGCGCCCCCCAUGGAUUGUGGCUCUCCGGAGGUGUCAUUUGACGGCUACAAUGGCAAAGAUCUUCGCUGUGAUUUCAGCCUCCUCGAGGGAAAUGAUCUGGUGUCCAGCACCUUGGACCUGCUGAAUCUGAACAUCGCGCCUUGCAAAACCCAGAUCACCCGAGAUCAGGUGACCCGCGCGGCGGGUGACGCCAGUCGUUGGACACAGUUGGCCGAGCUCUUGGCCGAGGUCACCGAUACCAAGACCGGAUCCAAACAGAAGCUUGAGGCGUCCUGCUCGAAAGUCUACGCCUUCCUGGAUUUGUUCUCAGGUGGUUCUUUGAUGGAGACCACAGAGACAGAUGAAGAGGAGUUGGAGGAGAUCCUUGGUGAAGACAUUGAGGAGGACCAGGAUGAUGCCUUGAUUCAAAUGGCAGAGACCAUGCAAGGUGAUCCUUUGGACCGCUACGAGGUCAUGCCGAAAGGUGGCUAUUGCGAGGAGAAGAAGCGCCGCAUGAGCGGAGAUCGGCCUCUCACGGGGAUGCAAUUGAAUGACUGCGCGGACAAGUGCAACAAACUCCGAAAGGGCUGCACGGCCUUCGCGCACUAUGAUAGAGAAUGCACCAUCUACCACCGCGGCGUCCCCGAUGGCGCCGUUGGACGACGGACGGCCCGGUGCUACCGGAAAGCCUCCACGGCGAAAGCUUCUGGCGCCCAGCCCGUGAAGAAGGUGACAACAAAGAAAAGCGGCAAGAGCAGCGUGCCAUUCUCGGGCAAGACCGAAAAGAAAAAGAAGAACAGCGGAUGGAACUCCCAAGAGCGACGCCAGUUGGGUGGCUACGGAAGCAGGAAGGAAGCGCAGAAGGCCAUUCAGGACAACGAAAUCCCGGAAGGCAUCAAUGAAAAGGUCGACAAACUCAUGGAGAAGCUGAACCGACUCGUCGGUCUCACGAAGGUGAAGGCCGGCAUGGCGGAGCUGAGAGCCAUGGUGGAGUUUGAUCAGUGGCGGCGGAAGUUGCUUCCAGCAGCAAAGAGCUUGAUGGGACAAUCCUUCCACAUGCAAUUCCUCGGCAAUCCAGGUACUGGCAAGACGGUGGUUGCUCGUUUGGUGGGAAAGCUCCUGGUGGAAAUGGGCGUCAUCAAGAAGAAGGAGAAAGACAAGGAUGAGGCCAUCUUCCACGAAGUGUCCCGUGCAGAUCUGGUGGCAGAGUACAAGGGGCAGACAGCGCCCAAGGUCUUGGGUGCAGUGUCCAAGGCUAUCGGUGGGGUGCUCUUCGUGGAUGAGGCAUACUCACUGAAGAAGGAAGGAAAAGACUCCUUCGGACAAGAGGCGGUAGACACUUUGAUCAAAGAGAUUGAGGACAAGCGAGACCAGGUGGUUGCCAUCUUCGCAGGCUAUGAGAAGGAGAUGGAGACCUUCUUUGAAGCAAAUCCAGGCUUUAAGAGUCGUGUCCCCUUCAAGUUCUACUUCGAUGAUUACACUUGCGCGGAGCUCAACCACAUCUCUGGCAUUUUCCUGGAGGACAAGGGCUUCACGGCUUCCGAUGAAGCGAAGAAGUGGAUUGACCGAACUGUGCGCUUCAGCACGGGCUGCUGCGACGACCAGGGCUCCGACUGUGAAGCGCUCCGUGACAGCGGCAACGGCCGCACCGUACGGAACAUCCUGGAGGCCUCCUACCGGAAUUUUGCCGCACGGGUGGUGCCACGCCUCUACAACAGUAAAGGUAUGCGGCCGGUGCUCGAGAGGAUCGAGUGGUUUAGAGCACAGUACGAGGUCGCCAAGGAAACUUACAAAUCAAAGGGUGCGGCACGCUACAAGAAGGAGUUGGAGAAGGACUUUGGGAUGGCCAAGUGCUGCUCGAAAGAAGUCACGGAUUAUGGUGCCACCUGGUACGAUCUUUGUGAGCAAGCGAAGAACUCCUUGAAGGUGUUGCAAGGCGAAGAUGUGGCACUUGUUGCUGCCAGUAUGGCCUCCGACAACCUCCUAAACGAUUGCCGAGAAGCCAAGAAGGAUCUGAAGGAGCUCCAUGAAUUGUCCGCUUCAGCCUUCAAGGUGUUGGAUGAUCAGUUGUGGGAGGAAGUCUCCCAGCAUGCGACGUCCGGUAAUUGCGAAGGGACGUUUGAGGCUUUGAAGAAGGUGCCGAAUCCUCCUCCGGCACCCAUCUAUGACAACUUGCAACUGAUGGAAGAGUCUGAAGAGUUGCGCCCCUUACUGGAAAAGUUGAGGAAAUUGGUGGGAUUGAAGAUUGUGAAGGAGGCCAUGGGACAGCUUUUUGGCUUGGUGAAGGUGAGUACUUGGCGACAACAGCUGGGAAUGAGCUCCUUGGGUGGCCAAUCCUUCCACAUGCGCUUUCUCGGAAAUCCUGGCACUGGGAAGACUGUCGUGGCUCGCAUCGUGGGAGAGAUGAUGGUGAAGAUGGGCGUGGUGGCCAUGCCGAAAGAGGUGAAGAAGCGCCUGAAAGAGGAGGCCAAGAUGCAGGGCACCCGAGAAGGCGUCGACCACAAGGAGGUGGAGUUGCCGUUGAUCUUCAAGGAAGCUGCGCGAGUUGAUAUGGUGGCUCAAUAUCUGGGCCAGACUGCCCCGAAGGUGGAGAAGGCCGUCGGGGAGGCCCUGGGUGGAGUGCUUUUCAUCGAUGAAGCUUACGCCUUGGUGCGUGAUGGAAAGGACAGCUUCGGGCAAGAGGCUGUCGACACGCUGAUCAAGGAGAUGGAGGACAAGCGAAAGAACGUCAUCGUCAUCUUGGCGGGCUACGAGACUGAGAUGGAUAGUUUCUUUGAUUCCAAUCCAGGGUUCAAAAGCCGCGUGCCCUUCACCUUCCGCUUUGAGGACUACAGUUGCAAUGAGCUGGGUCAAAUUGGCAGUUUGGUCCUGGAUUCUCAAGGCUUGGUGGUGGCUGACCAGGCAUCUCAACGCUUGGAGGAUUUGAUCGCCUUCACGAGUGGAUGCUGUAACAACGUCGCCGAUGCCGACUGCCACCCCUCGCGCGAGAAUGGCAACGGCCGAACGGUGCGGAACGUCAUAGAGGCCUUGCAGCGUGCCAUGGCACGCCGGGUGGUGCAAAGCAAGGCCACCGACAAGGAGUCCUUGCGCACGUUGACCUUGGCUGAUCUCACCCUGGUGGCCGAAGAGCAAGCCGCGUCGCGCCUGGAGGGACCUUGUGGCCAAACGGGCUUGGUGACCACGCUGAGUCAAGCUGCUCAAACAAAGGGCGGUUUGGCGGUCUGGAAUCAGCAGUACCAGCUCAGUAAGCCUCGGGUGCAGCUCUACAGGAUGAUCCGUGAAAGUCAACGCCUGAGCAAAUCGUUGAAAGGAUUUGAAAGUGCUCAGCUGAACGGCUUGUCCCAACAGUGCACUACCGGCUUGGACACCUUGGUGAAGAAGCUUCAGUCGAAGAUCCACGCCACCUGCGAUCAGAUCUUGCCCAAGUUAACCAACGAGCUGGACGAUACCGCCAAGCUCACCGUCCAAGAGUUUGAAGCGAUGGUGAGGCCCUUGCAGAUGAGCUCUCGGGAGGCAGUUCAUAUCUUAGAGCUCUUCGCAAGUGAUGACGUGCCAUCGCCCUUGAAUGAGCUUCAGGAGGCGGCCAUGCAAUGCGAGGAUCGUUUGGACACGCUGCGCGGACAAUCGGUGCUUGCACCUCUGGAGAUGGCGGUUCAAGCCUUAACCAUCUACUGAGCCUCUUGCAUUGUGAGCGCAAUCGGAUCGAAGAUCCGCGGUUUGUACCUAACUUUAUGGCAUCACGCCCACACUGGACGAACACAGCGAGCAGAUGCGAACAGUUUGGCACCAAACUCGCCUUUCGCACCAAAAGACUGCGGUGCCGGACCGGUGCUGUUCGUUGGAUCCACCGGUGGUCUUUUCUGUCGGUGCACCGUUCCAUGGUGCAGAACCGCGUUGUCGUUUUCGGUGCUUGUCUUCAGACCGCCACAGAGCUUAGAAUCCGUUCAUC